AUGUCAAUGAACAACGCACCAAACGUUUUCUUGGAUCCAAACGCAAACCGCUUUCAAGUGAACAUCAUUGAUGAAGACCAUGACAACAAUGAAACAACCCAAGAGGAUGUGGGCUCUGACCCACCACAUUAUGAAGAAACAUCUUUUACUGAUGAAACACACAACAGACUAAGAAUCAGUUACAGACCAGGAAAAAGAGAAUUAUAUGACAAUUUCCGUCAAAAUGGGGAGAAAACGGAAGCUAGCUUACACCCCUAUGAUACUCACAGUAAAAUGUAUUAUCUACAAACUUUUGGCCAUAACACAAUGGACCCAGUUCCCAAAAUUGAUUAUUAUAGAAACACUGGCAGCGUCAGUGGGAAUAAGCUCAACAGACCAAGCUUAUUAGAAAUUCAUGAACAACUGGCAAAGAACAUUGCUGUGAGCACCGGCUCCGUGGAGAGAGUGGCCAAUGGAGAAAGCAGCGCUGGAGAUGACACAGCAGCCAGCAAAGAAGAAGAAAACAAAACAGGAUUUGUCAAGUUCGGCUGGGUGAAGGGUGUGCUGGUAAGAUGCAUGCUUAAUAUUUGGGGUGUGAUGCUCUUUAUUCGACUUUCCUGGAUUGUAGGUCAAGCAGGAAUUGGUCUUGGAGUAAUCAUAAUUCUUCUGGCCACGAUGGUAACCUCAAUUACUGGGUUGUCAACUUCUGCAAUAGCAACUAAUGGGUUUGUCCGUGGAGGUGGAGCAUACUAUCUUAUCUCAAGAAGUCUGGGCCCAGAGUUUGGUGGAUCUAUCGGCCUUAUCUUUGCAUUUGCAAAUGCAGUGGCAGUUGCCAUGUAUGUAGUUGGAUUUGCUGAAACUGUUGUGGAACUUCUUAAGGAGAGUGAUACACUGAUGGUAGAUGAGUUCAACGACAUCAGAAUCAUAGGGACCAUCACUGUGGUGUGUCUUCUUGGCAUCUCUGUUGCUGGCAUGGAAUGGGAAGCAAAGGCUCAAGUUAUUCUUCUUAUUGUUCUCCUUGUUGCCAUUGUAAAUUUCUUUAUUGGCACAGUCAUUCCUACCAACACUGAAAAGAAGGCAAGAGGCUUUUUUAAUUACCAAGCAUCAAUAUUUGCAGAAAACUUUGGACCAGAUUUCAGAAGUGGAGAAGGAUUUUUUUCGGUGUUUGCCAUAUUUUUCCCAGCAGCCACUGGCAUUCUUGCAGGAGCCAAUAUCUCAGGAGAUCUGAAAGACCCACAAAGUGCCAUACCCCAGGGAACAAUGCUGGCCAUUCUGAUCACCACAAUUGCUUACAUUGCUGUUGCAAUAUGUGCAGCUUCCUGUGUUGUAAGAGAUGCUACUGGGAACGUCAAUGAUACAAUUGUACCUGGAAUGAGCUGCAAUGGAUCAUCUGCCUGUGGCCUAGGCUAUGAUUUUUCCAGAUGUGCAAGUCAGCCAUGUGAUUAUGGGCUGAUGAAUAAUUUUCAGGUGAUGAGCAUGGUGUCUGGCUUUGGUCCUCUCAUCACAGCUGGCAUCUUCUCAGCUACUCUGUCAUCAGCUCUAGCAUCUCUUGUCAGCGCACCCAAAGUUUUCCAGGCUCUUUGCAAGGACAACGUCUACAAAGGGCUAGAAUUCUUUGCCAAAGGAUACGGAAAAAACAACGAGCCUAUCAGGGGAUAUGUCCUCACCUUUGCCAUCGCCAUGGCCUUCAUUCUGAUUGCUGAACUGAAUACCAUUGCUCCCAUCAUCUCCAAUUUCUUCCUGGCUUCAUAUGCUUUGAUUAAUUUCUCCUGCUUUCAUGCCUCAUAUGCAAAAUCUCCAGGUUGGAGACCUGCAUUCAGAUAUUAUAACAUGUGGGUGUCACUUUUUGGAGCCCUGCUGUGCUGUGGGGUGAUGUUUGUCAUCAACUGGUGGGCAGCUCUCAUCACUUAUGCCAUUGAGCUCUUCCUAUAUAUUUAUGUAACAUACAAGAAGCCAGAAGUUAACUGGGGCUCCUCUACCCAGGCUCUGUACUUUGUUAAUGCCUUAGACAGCGCUCUGGCUUUAACGACAGUGGAGGACCACGUUAAAAACUUCAGACCCCAGUGCUUAGCAUUAACUGGAGCUCCUAUGGUCAGGCCUGCUCUGCUGGACAUCACCCACGCCUUCACGAAGAACAACGGGCUGUGUAUCUGCUGUGAGGUGUACACGGGCCCACGCAAGCUGUGUGUUAAGGAGAUGAACAGUGGCAUGGAAAAAAAGCAGGCCUGGCUCACAAAGAACAAAAGAAAAGCCUUUUAUGCAGCAGUGGCAGCUGACAGCUUCAGAGAUGGAGUCAAAAGUCUACUUCAAGCCUCAGGCUUGGGUAGAAUGAAACCAAACACCCUGGUGAUUGGAUUUAAGAAGGACUGGAGAAGUGCACCUGCCACUCAAGUUGAGAACUAUGUGGGCAUUAUACAUGAUGCCUUUGAUUUUGAGCUUGGUGUAAUUAUCAUCAGAAUUAGCCAAGGAUUUGAUAUAUCUCAGGUCCUUCAGGUUCAAGAGGAAUUAGAGAAGCUGGAGCAGGAGAGAUUGGCACUCGAAGCCACCAUUAAAGAAAAUGACUUUGAAGAAGGAAAAAGGGGUAUCUGUGGAUUCUUCAAAAAAGCCAGCACACUGAAUAUCUCAAAACACGAAACAAAGGAGAGCACCAUUAACACCAUACAGUCAAUGCACGUGGGUGAAUUCAAUCAGAGGCUGCUAGAAGCCAGCACUCAAUUUAAAAAGAAGCAAGGAAAAGGUACAAUUGACAUUUGGUGGCUGUUCGAUGAUGGAGGUCUAACAAUCCUGAUUCCUUACAUUCUAACUAUCAGAAAGAAGUGGAAGAAUUGUAAAUUAAGGAUCUUCACUGGGGGAAAAGUCAAUAGGAUUGAAGAGGAAAAACUAGUGAUGGCUUCACUCCUAAGCAAAUUCAGAAUAAAAUUUGCUGAUAUUAAUAUCAUUUGUGAUAUCAAUAUAAAGCCCAACAAAGAGAGCUGGAAAUUCUUUGAAGAGAUGAUUGAACCAUAUCGCCUCCAUGAGAGCUGCAAAGAUAUGACAACUGCUGAGAAAUUAAAGCGAGAGACUCCAUGGAAAAUUACAGAUGCAGAGCUGGAAGCUCUCAAGGAGAAGAGUUACCGCCAAGUCCGUCUGAACGAGCUCUUGCAGGAGCACUCGAGAGCAGCCAACCUCAUUGUCCUGAGCCUCCCUGUGGCAAGAAAAGGAGCAGUGUCUGAUUACCUGUACAUGGCUUGGCUAGAAAUUCUCUCCAAGAACCUUCCUCCAGUCUUAAUGGUCAGAGGCAACCACAAAAAUGUACUGACUUUCUAUUCUUAG